CAAUUGGUGCUAUUCGUUUCUUCAGGUGACAAAAAAAUUGAUUUGAGUGUUUUUCUUACGAUUUUCUAUCAGAAUGGUAUUUAAGUACAAACGUAAAACAAAUCAAGCUUCGUGGUCAGAAAGUUCUUUACAAAAGGCUAUACAGGAAGUAAGAGAAGAUAAAAAAUCUAUCAAUGCAACAGCUAAAAAAUAUGGUAUACCUUAUGGUACCUUGUAUAGACAUCUCAAAUCUGGUAGUCAUAUAAAAAAGUUAGGCAGAUUUACUCCAAUAUUCACUUGUGAUCAAGAACAAGAGCUAUGCGAAUACUUACAAAAGUUGGACAGCUUGUUCUUUGGUUUGACUCGUAACGACUUUUUAGAAUUAGUUUACGUCUAUGCCGAAAAAAAUAACAUCAACCACCGAUUCAAGAAUGGAAGAGCAGGUGAUGAUUGGUUUGCUGGCUUUAAGGCAAGGCAUCCUGAGAUAGUACUACGAUCUCCAGAACCCACUUCUUUAGCGAGAACGCGAGGGUUUAAUAAACCCCAAGUUGAAUUAUUCUAUGCAAAUUAUUGGAGUCAAGUUGAAAAACACAAUUUUGAUCCCACCACGAUUUAUAACAUGGACGAAACAGGUGUGAGAAUGACAACUUCUAAGCCACCAAAAGUGUUAAGUGUCAAGGGUAAGAAACAAGUUGGUGUCAUAGGGAGUGCUGAAAGAGGGCAAUUAACAACAGUCAUAUGUUGCUGCAACGCUGCUGGUACUUUUAUACCACCAUUUUUUAUUUUUGCUCGGAAGAGAAUGCAGGAAAGACUAUUAGAUGGUUCACCACCUGGUUCACAAGCUACAGUAAGUGAUAAUGGUUGGAUAAAUGGACCAGUAUUUUUAAAUUGGCUUCAAUAUUUUGUUGAGAAAACUCGACCUACUAAAGAUAGGAAAGUAUUAUUACUUAUUGAUAAUCAUGAAUCACAUAAAUAUUAUCCAGCUUUGGAAUAUGCAACUAAAAAUAAUGUCGUGUUUGUCUCAUUCGCACCUCAUACAACCAAUCGUAUGCAGCCUCUGGAUGUCGCCGUUUACGGCCCCCUUAAGAAAUAUUUUGAGCAGGAAUUAAAUAUAUUCCAAAAGAGCCAUCCAGGCAGAAUUAUAAACCAAUAUGACAUUGCACGAAUAUUUAGUGGAGCUUACGUAAAGAGUGCUUCUGUACACAAUGCAAUUCAAGGUUUUCGAAAACCCGGUAUUUGGCCCUACAAUCCUCAUGUAUUUAGUGAUGAGGAUUAUAUGCCUUCGACCAUGACGGAUCGUCCGUUGAAUUCUGUAACAAGUGCUUCCUCAUGUCCGGGGCAAGUAGAAAGUAAUAGAACACCAUCUCCUUCGAUUUUUCAAAGUAGUGAGUCACUUAUAGCACUACUUGCAACACAAGCACGUGAAGUUACACCAGAGCCUGCUAUAGAAGAAGAUUGCCCUAUGAAUGUUGAAAUUAUAACUCCAUCGUAUUUAGAAAAAGAUAAUGUUUCACAAUCUGCUACAGAAUAUGAUGCCAGCCAUAGCAGCCAUACUAAUAUGCCUUCUAUCUGUACACCAGGUCCUUCUUCUAUGACAGAACAUACCCACCAAGUAAUAUCGACCUCUAUACAGUCUGAUUUACAAGAGAUGAGUAAUUCAUCUUCAGCAACAGUUACCAUUUCACCAUACACAAUAAGGCCAAUACCAACUAUGGCUGCUUCAAAAACUAAUAAGAAACGCAGAUGCCAAAAGUCAAUGGUAUUAACUUCUACACCUGUUAAAAACGAACAAGCUAUAAAAUACAAAAAAAAUUAUAAUAAGAAAACUAAAAUCUCAGAUUUAGAUGUCAAGAAAAAGGGAAAAGGAAAGGAAAAUAUGAUAGCGAGAGGAAAAGUCAAGACUAAGAAAAAAAUACAUAAUAUCACGAAAAAAGUAAAAGGAAAGUAUUCAUGCCUGGUUUGCACCGAAGAGUAUAUUGAUCCGCCUAUAGAAGACUGGAUCCAAUGCUCAGAGUGCCACCGUCAGGCACAUGAAAACUGCACAUUGUAUAGUGGAUUUGCCAGUUAUUUCUGCGAUGACUGCCAGGAGUAACUGCCUAAUCCACUUUGCCCGACUAGCUUAUUCGCUUUACCCGCCCGGUCGGGUAAAACGAAUAAUGAAAGAGGUUUUAAAUUUAUUUUUUUUUCUAUAUGAAGAUAUUAUAUUUUGUUAAUUUUGUAUGUUACAUUUGCAAAGGUGGUUAUAUGUGCCAUAAAUGAAAAAUAAACGAUGUUCCUAAGUUGAUUA